AUGGGUGGCUGCCUGGCGAGCAUUGGUCGUGGCAGCGUGGCAUUGCACAACCUCGAUAUGCACCGCUCGGCAAGCCAGGUGCUUGGAAACUUGGCCUACGUGCGAGGCACCUUCUCUGCGGACGCGAUCUACCUCGACGACGAGUCGGUUCGAAUUGACGCAGCCGUCGUAGGGCUGAGCACCGCCAACGUGAGCUCUCUGGACUGCUCCCGCACUCCUUCCUGCCACCUCCGGGCGAUCAACCUCACCCUGGGCCCUGCCCUUUGCUCUCCUGGAAGCGGAAUCGGCGUGAAGUAUGCAGUUGGUGAGUACUUCCGUGGAUGUUUCCGCUGCGAGGAUGGUAAAGCCCAGCUCAGCCAGCAAGUGGACGCUCGGUGCCAGACGUGCCCAUACGAGGCAGAGGUUUGCCUGCCAAACAUGACGCAGUUGCAGCCUGGUGUCAUGGCCCAUGCGCAGAACUUCACCCGCAUCCUGCACUGCCCCAACGCUCAGGCUUGCCCUGGUGGCGCUCUCCCAGAGAGCGCGGAGCUUCCUAUGUGCGCGAAGGGCUACGCUGGAGAUGGCUGCGCCAACUGCAGUGCUGCUUUUGGCCGCUCCGACUCGUCUGUGCUGGUCUGUGUCAAGUGCGCCCAGGGCUGGCAGGCCGAAGGAUUGCAGCUGGCGUACUUUCUUCUCAGCGACACGCUUCUCUUGGCUGUGGCGACCUCGUCGGUUCUUGGAGCAUCUGCCACGACUCAAGACAGUAGUGUUCUUCUCAACCAGCUCAUGUCCUUUGCAACUGUUGCGCAGACUGUGUUGAGUGCGAUGACGCAGACAGCAGCAUACAAGAAGAUGUCCGAUGGCCUUCGGGCUUUCCUGGAAGUUUCUGGUGUCAUCAGUGGAAUGGCGCAGGGGGAGAGUUCCUGGACAAUGUCGAGAGAGUGCUUACUGGUCUCGCUUGGGCUGCCGAAGACCGUUUGGCAUGUUCAUUUGCUCGGCACGCUCCUGCAGACCCUACUUUUGCUUGUUCUGAUUUGGCUGCAGGGCUUCUGGUUCGCUUUUGUGGUUUGGACGAACUGCUUUGCGCCUUCUAUGUCUGCGUCCUUUGGGAGAUACCUGGUGAUGUAUCGGCUGGAACCUGAAAACGUUGGUGGCAAGACGCACUUUCCCUUUCUGCCGCCCAUCCCCAUGGCACAUGAAGUUGUGUUGAGCUUGCUGGUUCUUUGCUUUCUGGUCACUAUUGGGGGAUGGUGGAUAGCGGCCAACUCCAAACGCUCGCCUGAUCCCGACUAUGUGGUGUUCCUGGUGCGGAACUACAAGUCCGUUUACCGCAACUGGGAGAUGGAGAGAAUCUUGCGGAAGAUGCUCCUGCGCCUCGUCGCUGCAGCGCUGCCGAUCACUUACUCUCCAGCGCUGCAGAUGUGGUGCGUAUGCCUGAUCCUCUCUGCUUCGCUGCUUUCCUACAGCAUCCAGCGCCCGUAUCGCCUGGAAGCGUGGAACCAGGUGGAGACGCUGCUCUUGUGUGUUGCGCUUGUUCUUGCUUUCUCGGCAAGUGCAGUUCUGGCAAACGAAAAGCACUGGGGGAGUUCACGCAACACGCAAUCCCUGGUGUUGCUGGCAAUGGCUGUGUGA